AUGUCAUCCUCAGCACCACCCCAACCCCCAACAUCAGAAGCCUACAAGGCACCCUCGAAUCCGACAACUCGCAACCCCGCCGAAAACGCAGCAGCACACAAUGCCUCCGAUCGCGAGACUGCCGCGCGCGAUGCAGCGCUAGGCCGCACGCCCUUCCCGCAAUCCCAGUCCCGCUCCGUCGACGAGGCGACGCCGAGUUCGCUGGGCGCGGGCGUACACUCCUCCGGCCCCGUGGACGAGACGGAGCGGCGGAAUACCGCGUACGUGUCUGAGGGCGGCAGCAGCAGAGAGCUGGAGAACCCCAACGUCGAGGCUGAGCAUAUGGCGACGCUUGCGGAGGGCAAGGUUGCUGACGCGGUGGAGAGGAAGAGUGGUACGCAAAAGGUGCCGGGGCAAGAGAUAGUUAAUGAGGAGUUUGGGAGUGGGAUUGAGGAGAAGAAGAAGGAACAACAGGAGGCGAGAGAUGCGAUCAAGAAGGCAAGGAGCGAAGGGGUGGAUGUCGAUGGUGGUAUGGGGAAAUCAUGA